AUGCCCCCCAAGAAGACCACCCGUCCCGCUCAGGAGAACAUCUCCUUGGGCCCCCAGGUUCGCGAGGGUGAACUUGUCUUCGGCGUCGCCCGUAUCUUCGCCUCCUUCAACGACACCUUCGUCCACGUCACCGAUCUUUCUGGCCGUGAGACCAUCUGCCGUGUUACUGGUGGUAUGAAGGUCAAGGCCGACCGUGACGAGUCCUCCCCCUACGCUGCCAUGUUGGCUGCCCAGGACGUCGCUGCCCGCUGCAAGGAGCUCGGCAUCACCGCUCUGCACAUCAAGAUCCGUGCCACCGGUGGUAACGGCACCAAGACCCCCGGUCCCGGUGCCCAGUCUGCUCUCCGUGCUCUGGCCCGUUCCGGCAUGAAGAUCGGCCGCAUUGAGGACGUUACCCCCACUCCCUCCGACUCUACCCGCAGAAAGGGUGGUCGCCGUGGUCGCCGUCUCUGA